AUGGUACUCGAAGAGACGCCUUCCAAGUUGAUAGGAGCCUUUCAGCAGGCCGAACAACAACGGUUACGUCUGACUAUUCCUUCCAAAAGUACGCCAUACCAAGCCAGACGACGUCCUAGUAUGACACCCACACCCACACGAACGCCCAGUAUGACUCUCAGUCAGCGUCGACGUGCCGUUCCCUGUCACUACAAACCGUCAGACCUCAAGUUAUUACCGCGUUUAGAAGAAGAAAACGCCAACUUACCACCCCAGGAUUCGAUCGAGUUCAUUCUGGCCCAAAUCGAACGUCAAAAUGCCAUCUUAGAUGAAGAUCCCAAAUCAGUGUGCAUUCAGUCCAAUCAACUGAAAGCGCAUCUUUCCACGUUGCAGAAUUUGGUGACCGACUCGUCCAACGAUGCUAAACAGGAGGACAUUGAUUGGGAAUUCUGGACAGCUUUGACAGAAGACUUCACUACCGUGGCCCUGAAAUUGCCCCAUCUUGUUUCAGCCAAACUCCGAGCGGGCAUUCCUCCCAAAGUGCGAGGUGUGAUUUGGCAAGCCAUGUCCCAAUCGGCUUCGCUCAAUCUCGAAACCAUGUAUGGCCAACUCGUGGAAGAACAUUCACCUUACGAACGAAUUAUCCAACGCGAUCUGGCCCGUACGUUUCCUCACAUUGACAUGUUUAAACAAGAGGGCGGGGACGGUCAGCGCGCAUUGGAGCGCAUCUUGAAAGCCUACAGUCUGUACGAUUCUUUAGUAGGCUACUGUCAGGGUCUGGCUUUCCUGGUCGGUCCGUUGUUGAUGAAUAUGCCUGAACAACAAGCGUUUUGUGUGAUCAUGGAAACCUACGAACUAAGAACCAUGUUUACGUUGAAUAUGGAAGGCCUUCAGCUGCGUUUGUAUCAAUUUACUAGCUUGCUGACACAAAUCCUUCCUCAACUGUCCGAUCACUUGGCCGACCAUGCGAUCAAUCCACCCAUGUAUGCCUCUCAAUGGUUCUUGACCCUCUUUGCCUAUGCUUUUCCCAUUCCCCUUGUCAUGCGCAUCUACGAUAUUGUUUUUGCCGAAGGAGCGGCGGAAACUAUCAUGCGCGUUGCAAUUGCAAUGCUGAAACGAUCCGAAAAACAAAUCUUGGCUUUAACUGAAUUUGAAGACAUUCUUGAUUUUGUCACCACCAAGUUGUACGACGCUUAUAACGACGAUCCCACCCCAGUCAUUGCGGACGCCAUGGCCCUCAGUGGACUCAUUACAAAAGAGAAAAUGGACGAUUUGAACGAUCUUUACGUGGGCGAACUAGAGAAAGAGAAAAAGCAAACGGAACAAGUCUUGGCAGUCCGAUUCAAUUUUUGGUCGAAAAACGCACAACAACAGUCGAAUUCCAAGGAAGACAAGAAAAAGAAGCGUGAAUCCAGCAGCUGGCUUGCAAAACGUAAUUCUUCUUCUUCCUCUACCACCAGUGACGAAGAUCACAAACCGCAGCCACGGCCACUGUCUCUUCAACCAGCUCCCACGCCAGCCGUCCCCGCUCCCAUCGGUCCCGACGUCGCCACUCUACAUCACCAGAUCGAAGAGCUGCUCCUGGCGUUGUCACAGACCCAGAAAGAACACAUCCAACUGAAACAGGAAUUCAUACAAAUGAAAAUGGACAAAAUGGAUGCCGAAGCUGAGCGAGAUGCACUUAAAAUGACCAUGGAAGAGGUGGCGGCCAAAGGCGACCACUAUGACGAAUUUGUCAAGGUCAAGGUAGAAAAUUGCGAACUGCGGCAACAAAUUGAAGAGUUGACGCAUCAAAACCAAAUGGCCAAAGAUGCUCAAAACGCAUUAAUUGAGCAAUUGAUGGAUUUGAAAAACACCGAAGAUCAAUUGAAAAUGGAACAACGGGAGACUCGACGGUUGAAACAGCGGUUAAAUGAUGCGGAGCAAGGGAUUCAGGAACUACAGAAUGAAAAGACGCGAUUACUGCAAGACUUGGACAAAAUGAGUAAGCCAAGCCGCCGUCGUCCCAUGUCAGUGUGUGUCCCUGAAAGUAAUCCGGCCAUGGCCAACUACGAUCGUCGACCCAAAUCGACCGUCACCCACCGGCGUGGUUCCGAAGCCAGUGUAAGGGAACUCGAACAAAUGCUGGUGGAUGCCAAAUUGCGAAUCGUGCAGUUGGAAACCGAUAACCAGAGCAUGCGUCCGCAACGACAUAGCGCCAUUCCUACCAAAGCCGUACCAACCGGGUCUCGACUUCUCCGCACAAAGAGCUCGGCUGCCAGCACGCCGACCUCGCCUAUUGACCCUGUCCAUCCAUCGAGACGCAGUCUUGACUCACGAUACAGUUCGGAUCUUCCCUUGAAUAAACGAUCCAGUUUCUACGGACGUUUUUGGUCCGUCUUGAGCUCACAGCAAGACACACCUCCUUCGAGUCCUAUCCGGGAAUCGGUCCCCUCUUCCUAA